CGCUCGGUCCGUGUCUCCAUUUUGUAACGUGCGUGUGCGAGUGCGAGUGUGUGUGUGUGUGAGUGUGUGUGUGCUGGCCAAAUGCAAAUGUAUACGAUACAUAUAUACCUAGAUAUAUAUUGCAUAGAUACGUAGUAUACGCAGUGAUUCAUUGAGUGCGUUGGCCCCACUGAAAAGCGUGCUAAAUUCGCUGACCAUAAAUUACUAAUAAAAAUUUUGAAUGAAUAAUAGAAGCAGAGAAAAAUUACAGUGAAUACAAUCAAGUUGAACUUUGGCCAAAGUGCAUUGUUCACAUUUAUUAAAAAUUAUACGAAAUAUCUCUAUAUAGAAUACGUGUACAUAGUCGCAUGCCUAAUGCUGACAUAUUGAGCAAAUUGUCACCGCGUUCUUCGCUCGCUCGCUCACUCUGUGUGUGUGUGAGUGUGUGUAUUCUCUGUGCGUAUGUCGCGUACAUUGCGAGAUCACUUUAAAAAUAAAAGAUUUGUUUGCUGCUAUUUUUAAAGGCGUGCCAAGUUUUCGUACCGUUUCGUUGUCGGUGCCGUUGUCGUUGUCGUUGUUUGGUGUCGUCAUUGGCCACUUGGCCAUGUUCAAACUUGCCUGGGGCCUAUAUGCACUUGAAAGUCUAUCGAGCAUCGGUCUGAGCCAAAAGAUCACAAUCAUAAUCAUACAUAAGUACAUUGUACAUAUAACUAUAUAGUGUAUAUAAUAGCAGUGUAUAGCCGCAAUGUAAGCAACUGAAAUGGCAAGCGGUUUAAUCGGCACUAAUAUCAGCGCAUUCCCAAAUGGGAUGUCGGGGUGUGAUCAAAGCACUGUCGAAUCAUUGGCCGAUGAUCCAACAGAUUCACCAUUCGAUGCCGAUGAUUGUCUCAAAGUUCGCAAAUAUUGGUGUUUUCUGCUAUCCAGCAUCUUCACAUUCCUUGCUGGCCUGCUCAUUGUGCUGCUAUGGCGUGGAUUUGCCUUCAUAUGCUGCCGCAAGGAGCCGGACCUGGGACCCAACGAUCCCAAACAAAAGGAGCAGAAGGCGACACGCAACAAACAGGAGUUCGAGGGAACAUUUAUGACAGAAGCAAAAGACUGGGCUGGAGAGCUUAUCUCGGGUCAAACAACAACUGGUCGAAUUUUGGUCGUACUCGUAUUUAUACUCAGCAUUGCAUCUCUCAUUAUAUACUUUGUUGAUGCAUCUAGCGAAGAAGUCGAAAGAUGCCAAAAAUGGAGUAAUAACAUUACUCAACAGAUCGAUCUCGCAUUCAAUAUAUUUUUUAUGGUUUACUUUUUUAUACGAUUCAUAGCGGCGUCCGAUAAGCUUUGGUUUAUGUUAGAAAUGUACAGUUUUGUAGAUUAUUUUACAAUACCCCCGUCCUUCGUAUCAAUAUAUUUAGAUCGAACAUGGAUCGGUCUUCGAUUUCUUCGAGCGCUACGUCUCAUGACUGUUCCAGAUAUUUUACAAUAUUUAAACGUACUAAAAACAUCGAGCUCAAUUCGCUUGGCUCAACUAGUAUCAAUUUUUAUAUCCGUGUGGUUAACAGCAGCGGGCAUUAUACAUCUGCUGGAGAACUCUGGCGAUCCGCUGGAUUUUAAUAAUGCUCAUCGUUUAUCCUAUUGGACCUGUGUCUAUUUCCUAAUUGUGACCAUGUCAACGGUAGGAUAUGGUGACGUUUACUGUGAGACUGUCUUAGGAAGAACAUUUCUCGUGUUCUUUCUGCUCGUCGGCUUGGCUGUGUUCGCUAGUUGGAUACCAGAAAUCACUGAACUGGCUGCCCAAAGAAGCAAAUAUGGUGGAGCAUAUAGCAAGGAUCCUAGAAAAAGACAUAUUGUGGUAUGCGGUCAUAUAACAUACGAAUCCGUGUCGCAUUUUCUAAAGGACUUUCUGCACGAAGAUCGUGAGGAUGUCGAUGUCGAAGUUGUCUUUUUACAUCGUAAACCACCCGAUUUGGAACUUGAGGGUUUAUUCAAACGUCAUUUUACCACCGUGGAAUUCUUCCAAGGAACCAUUAUGAAUCCGAUUGAUCUGCAAAGGGUUAAGGUACACGAAGCCGAUGCCUGCCUGGUGCUAGCUAACAAAUAUUGCCAAGAUCCCGACGCAGAAGAUGCUGCCAACAUAAUGAGAGUCAUCUCGAUUAAGAACUACAGCGAUGAUAUACGUGUCAUCAUACAGCUGAUGCAGUACCACAAUAAGGCGUACUUGCUGAACAUACCAUCGUGGGACUGGAAACAGGGCGAUGAUGUCAUUUGCCUGGCUGAACUGAAGUUGGGCUUUAUAGCGCAAAGCUGUUUGGCACCCGGAUUUUCCACAAUGAUGGCCAACUUGUUCGCUAUGCGUUCUUUUAAGACGUCGCCAGAAAUGCAGUCAUGGACAAAUGAUUAUCUACGCGGCACUGGCAUGGAAAUGUACACUGAAACAUUGAGUCCCACAUUUAUUGGAAUACCAUUUGCUCAGGCCACUGAACUGUGUUUCUCCAAGCUGAAGCUUCUGCUGCUCGCCAUUGAGAUCAAGGGCGCCGAAGAAGGUGCAGAUAGCAAGAUUUCCAUAAAUCCCCGUGGCGCCAAGAUUCAGGCGAAUACGCAGGGUUUCUUUAUAGCACAAAGCGCUGAUGAAGUCAAGCGCGCGUGGUUCUAUUGCAAGGCCUGCCAUGAGGAUAUCAAGGAUGAGACACUCAUUAAGAAGUGCAAAUGCAAAAACUUGACUGUCCAGCCCAGGAGCAAAUUUGAUGACUUAGGUGAUAUUACACGUGACAGAGAGGAUACAAAUCUACUCAACCGCAAUGUGCGACGCCCGAAUGGCACUGGCAACGGAACUGGUGGCAUGCAUCAUAUGAAUAACACGGCAGCUGCUGCCGCAGCCGCUGCCGCUGCGGGCAAGCAGGUGAACAAGGUAAAGCCCACGGUGAAUGUGAGCCGACAAGUGGAGGGACAGGUGAUAUCGCCGUCGCAGUACAACAGGCCAACGAGUCGCAGCUCCGGCACAGGCACACAGAAUCAAAACGGCGGAGUCUCGUUGCCCGCCGGAAUUGCGGAUGAUCAGUCAAAGGACUUUGACUUUGAGAAGACAGAAAUGAAAUACGACUCGACGGGCAUGUUUCACUGGAGUCCGGCGAAGAGCUUAGAAGACUGCAUAUUGGAUCGUAAUCAGGCGGCCAUGACGGUGCUAAAUGGCCAUGUGGUUGUUUGCCUGUUCGCCGAUCCGGAUUCACCGCUGAUUGGACUGCGGAAUCUGGUGAUGCCGCUGCGGGCAUCCAAUUUCCAUUAUCAUGAGCUCAAGCAUGUGGUAAUUGUGGGCUCCGUCGACUAUAUACGACGCGAGUGGAAGAUGCUACAGAAUCUGCCCAAAAUAUCGGUGCUCAAUGGAUCGCCGCUAAGUCGAGCCGAUUUGCGUGCGGUCAAUGUCAAUUUGUGUGAUAUGUGCUGCAUAUUGUCUGCUAAAGUUCCUAGUAACGAUGAUCCCACACUGGCCGACAAGGAGGCCAUUUUGGCCUCGCUCAAUAUCAAGGCCAUGACCUUUGACGAUACAAUUGGUGUGCUGAGUCAACGUGGACCGGAAUUCGAUAAUCUGAGCACGACAGCCGGCAGCCCCAUUGUGCUGCAGCGUCGUGGAUCAGUUUAUGGUGCCAAUGUGCCCAUGAUAACAGAACUGGUCAAUGAUAGUAACGUGCAGUUUCUCGAUCAAGACGACGACGAUGAUCCAGAUACAGAACUGUAUCUAACGCAGCCUUUCGCCUGCGGCACUGCGUUCGCCGUGAGUGUGUUAGACUCGCUGAUGUCCACGACAUACUUCAAUCAAAAUGCCUUAACGCUGAUACGAUCGCUGAUAACAGGCGGUGCCACGCCCGAAUUGGAACUGAUCCUUGCCGAGGGUGCUGGCUUGCGAGGUGGAUACAGCACCGUUGACAGUCUGAGUAAUCGGGACAGGUGUCGCGUGGGUCAAAUCUCGCUGUAUGACGGACCACUGGCACAGUUUGGUGAAUGUGGCAAGUAUGGCGACUUGUUUGUGGCUGCUCUCAAGUCGUAUGGGAUGCUGUGCAUAGGACUAUAUCGGUUUAGGGAUACCAGUUCUAGCUGUGAUGCGAGCAGCAAACGUUAUGUAAUAACCAACCCACCCGAUGACUUCUCAUUACUGCCAACAGAUCAGGUAUUCGUUUUAAUGCAAUUCGAUCCGGGUUUGGAGUACAAGCCACCUGCGGUGCGUGCACCAGCUGGCGGACGUGGCACAAACACACAAGGCUCCGGGGUCGGUGGGGGCGGCUCCAACAAGGAUGAUAACUCUUGAUUGUUACUGUGUAGCGCCUUAACUGAUGGUCCUUAUUCGUACAUUUGAACAAUGGAGAAGUUAAUUGUGGACAGAGCAUCGCAUUUAUGGCACACAUAUUGGCAUAAGAUUUGGCUCAGAUAUCGCCCCAACAGGCGCAUCCAAGUUUAGCUAUAGGCACCUAAUAGAACUAAAGACAUGUACCUAGAGAAAAUGUAACUAAAUCAAAAGCUUGGGCCAAUUGUCUUAAGUAAUUUAAAUUUUUACAACAUGUGCUACAAAUGCGUUGCUCUGUACUUUUAUAUUUGUGGAGGCAACCAUAUAGAAAACUGUUAAAUAACAACAAAGAGCAGAAUCACAAACGACCAACAUGUUUCCAAAGUUUCCACAAAUAUAAAAGCCACAUAUUUUCAUCAUAGAUGUAAAUAAAGAAAGAACAACUUCUUUGAUAUCCAUCGUUCAAGUGUCAGCUGAUUGCUUCCCACACCAUUCCGUAUGCCUUUUAGAACCUUGAAAUUACAAUUUAUAUAUAUAUUAUUUUCUAUAUACUGUAUAAUCUUUUAUCUAUUCAAUAUUUUCAAUAUCCAUUCGUUUUUCUAUAUUUUAUUUUCUUAUUUUUAACCUUUGAUUUCAUAAUUUCUUUGUAAUAGUUUAUUAGUACCUCAAAAUAAAUAUCGGUAAAACAAUCCG